CGGACUGGGUAGUCGCCGUGGGGAGUCGGUGUGUCCGCGGGUGCCGGCCGCGUAGUAAAUCCCAGUUCUCUGUGGCCCGCGGUUCGCCGCCCCUCUCGCCGCCACCAUGCCGGUGUUUCACACGCGCACGAUCGAGAGCAUCCUGGAGCCGGUGGCGCAGCAGAUCUCGCACCUGGUGAUCAUGCACGAGGAGGGCGAGGUGGACGGCAAAGCCAUCCCUGACCUCACCGCGCCUGUGGCCGCCGUGCAGGCGGCCGUCAGCAACCUGGUUCGGGUUGGAAAAGAGACUGUUCAAACGACAGAGGAUCAGAUUUUGAAGAGAGAUAUGCCACCAGCAUUUAUUAAGGUUGAGAAUGCUUGCACCAAACUGGUCCAGGCUGCCCAGAUGCUGCAGUCAGACCCCUACUCCGUGCCUGCUCGAGAUUAUCUCAUUGAUGGGUCAAGGGGAAUCCUCUCUGGCACGUCAGACCUGCUCCUCACCUUCGAUGAGGCUGAGGUGCGUAAAAUUAUUCGAGUUUGCAAAGGAAUUUUGGAAUAUCUUACAGUGGCAGAGGUGGUGGAGACUAUGGAAGAUUUAGUUACUUACACGAAGAAUCUUGGACCAGGAAUGACUAAGAUGGCCAAAAUGAUCGACGAGAGGCAGCAGGAACUGACACACCAGGAGCACCGAGUGAUGCUGGUGAACUCGAUGAACACCGUCAAGGAGUUACUGCCGGUUCUCAUUUCAGCUAUGAAGAUUUUUGUAACAACUAAAAACUCAAAAAACCAAGGGAUAGAAGAAGCUUUGAAAAAUCGCAAUUUUACUGUCGAAAAGAUGAGUGCUGAAAUCAAUGAGAUCAUCCGGGUGCUACAGCUCACAUCUUGGGAUGAAGACGCGUGGGCCAGCAAGGACACUGAAGCCAUGAAGAGAGCCUUGGCCUCCAUAGACUCCAAACUGAACCAGGCCAAAGGGUGGCUCCGUGACCCCGGCGCCUCCCCAGGGGAUGCCGGCGAGCAGGCCAUCAGACAGAUCUUAGAUGAAGCUGGGAAAGUUGGUGAGCUCUGCGCAGGCAAAGAGCGCAGGGAGAUCCUCGGAACUUGCAAAAUGCUGGGGCAGAUGACUGAUCAGGUGGCUGACCUCCGAGCCAGAGGACAAGGAGCCUCCCCCGUGGCCAUGCAGAAAGCCCAGCAGGUGUCCCAGGGGCUGGACGUGCUCACGGCGAAGGUGGAGAAUGCAGCCCGCAAGCUGGAAGCCAUGACAAACUCCAAGCAGAGCAUUGCGAAGAAGAUCGACUCCGCCCAGAACUGGCUUGCAGAUCCAAACGGUGGGCCAGAAGGGGAAGAACAGAUUCGAGGAGCUUUGACUGAAGCUCGGAAAAUAGCGGAAUUAUGUGAUGAUCCAAAAGAGAGGGACGACAUCAUGCGUUCUCUUGGAGAAAUUUCUGCUCUGACUUCUAAAUUAACAGAUCUGCGCAGACAGGGGAAAGGAGAUUCCCCAGAGGCCCGAGCACUGGCCAAACAGGUGGCCACUGCCUUGCAGAACCUGCAGAGCAAAGCCAACAGGGCCGUGGCCAACAGCAGGCCCACCAAGGCUGCAGUCCAUCUUGAGGGCAAGAUUGAGCAAGCACAUCGGUGGAUCGAUAACCCCACAGUGGAUGACCGGGGAGUUGGUCAGGCUGCCAUCCGGGGGCUUGUGGCUGAAGGGCAUCGGCUGGCUAAUGUCAUGAUGGGACCUUAUCGCCAAGAUCUUCUUGCAAAGUGUGACCGAGUGGAUCAGCUGACAGCUCAGCUGGCCGAUCUGGCUGCCAGAGGGGAAGGGGAGAGCCCCCAGGCCAGAGCACUGGCGUCUCAGCUUCAGGACUCCCUGAAGGACCUGAAAGCCCAGAUGCAGGAGGCCAUGACCCAGGAGGUGUCAGAUGUCUUCAGUGAUACCACAACUCCCAUCAAGCUGCUGGCAGUGGCGGCCACUGCCCCUCCCGAUGCUCCCAACAGGGAAGAGGUAUUCGAUGAAAGGGCAGUUAACUUCGAGAACCACUCAGGCCGGCUUGGUGCCACAGCAGAGAAGGCAGCCGCUGUCGGGACAGCAAACAAAUCGACGGUGGAAGGUAUCCAGGCAUCGGUGAAGACCGCCCGGGAACUCACUCCUCAGGUCGUCUCAGCUGCCCGGAUCUUACUUAGGAACCCUGGAAACCAAGCUGCUUAUGAACACUUUGAGACCAUGAAAAACCAGUGGAUUGAUAAUGUGGAGAAGAUGACAGGGUUGGUGGACGAAGCCAUCGAUACCAAGUCUCUGUUGGAUGCUUCCGAAGAAGCGAUUAAGAAGGACCUGGACAAGUGUAAAGUGGCCAUGGCUAACAUUCAGCCGCAGAUGCUGGUCGCGGGGGCAACCAGCAUCGCUCGCAGGGCCAACCGGAUCCUGCUGGUGGCUAAGCGGGAAGUGGAGAACUCGGAGGACCCCAAGUUCCGGGAGGCCGUGAAGGCCGCCUCGGACGAGCUGAGUAAAACCAUCUCACCAAUGGUGAUGGAUGCCAAGGCCGUGGCGGGCAACAUCUCUGACCCGGGUCUGCAGAAGAGCUUCCUGGACUCAGGAUACCGGAUCCUGGGAGCAGUCGCCAAGGUCCGAGAAGCCUUCCAGCCUCAGGAGCCUGACUUUCCCCCGCCGCCGCCAGACCUCGACCAGCUCCGCCUGGCAGAUGAACUUGCUCCUCCCAAACCACCUCUGCCUGAGGGUGAAGUUCCUCCGCCCAGACCCCCGCCACCCGAGGAGAAGGACGAGGAAUUCCCCGAGCAGAAAGCCGGGGAGGUGAUUAACCAGCCCAUGAUGAUGGCUGCCAGGCAGCUCCAUGACGAAGCCCGAAAAUGGUCCAGCAAGCCGGGUAAUGCAGCCUCCGAGGUGGGUAUAGGCAGCGUGCCAGAGUCAGACGCGGCUGAUGCUGUUGGGUUCCUUGUCCCCCCUGACAUGGAAGAUGAUUACGAACCUGAGCUGCUGGUAAUGCCAUCCAAUCAGCCGGUCAACCUGCCCAUUCUGGCCGCGGCUCAGUCAUUGCACCGGGAAGCCACCAAGUGGUCUAGUAAGGGCAAUGACAUCAUUGCAGCAGCCAAGCGCAUGGCUCUACUGAUGGCUGAGAUGUCUCGACUGGUAAGAGGGGGCAGCGGCACCAAGCGGGCACUGAUCCAGUGUGCCAAGGACAUCGCCAAAGCCUCAGAUGAGGUGACUCGGUUGGCCAAAGAAGUUGCCAAGCAGUGCACGGAUAAGCGGAUUAGAACCAACCUCUUGCAGGUGUGUGAGCGAAUCCCCACCAUCAGCACCCAGCUUAAAAUCCUGUCGACAGUGAAGGCCACCAUGCUGGGCCGGACCAACAUCAGUGACGAGGAGUCCGAGCAGGCCACAGAGAUGCUGGUUCACAAUGCCCAGAACCUCAUGCAGUCUGUGAAGGAGACCGUUCGUGAAGCAGAAGCAGCUUCAAUCAAAAUCCGAACAGAUGCUGGGUUCACACUGCGCUGGGUUCGGAAGACUCCCUGGUACCAAUAAGCACCACUCGUGCUCGAACCGAGCUGGCCCAGAACCCCACUAAACAGAAUGAAAUGCCCCGAGGCCUGGAGCCACCUAGAAUUGCGGGGGGCUCGACAAACCCCAUUCUGACUUGAUCUAACAGAAAGGAAAGGGGCUUCUUCACGCUAGAAAACAUUUAUUCUCUUGUCAUGGACCCUCACAGCGUCUCUGCAUAAGCCUGUUUUCUCACGCACACUGCCUUGGUGGCGGCGCGGUCUCGCCCGUGGACUCGCAUGAGCUCCGAGCCCCGGUGACACUAGCCACUGCUCUGCUCCUUCCCUCACCCACCUGUCCAGCCAGACUCGAGGAUCUGGGGCGCGGCCACGCAGCUCAGAGGAAGUCACUGGGCCUCCACAGUUGUUCGGGGCUUUCAUGUUGCUGCUGCCGCCGCUGCCAGCCUUUCCCGGCCGUGCCACUGAGGCUCCUCUCGGAAGAGCUUUGCUUGCUCCGGAAAAGGUGGUCUCUGGACCCUCCUCCCCCCCCCCCCAACUGGGGCCUACUGCCCACCGCAGUCCUCCCACCGUACCAACCAGUACCAACCAGACUUGCUCUCGGCGGAGUGGGGCAUAAUCACGGGAGUCUUCCCUGUGACCCUGAGCAGCAUCUGUGCUAGGGUCGCUGCGCACCCCUAUCUGGCCCGGCCCCUCCACCCCCAGGCAGCCACCCCCAGGGUCGCUCUGCGUGCUGGUGCUCUCUGCUGAGGCGGCCGCCGGGUGCCUCACUACCCGCAGAGGCCUGUGCUGAGGCCUUAUCACUCACUCUUAGUUUGUGUUGUUCUUUCGGAGCUGAAAUGCUGCGUUUAAUUUUUAACCAAAUCGUGUCUUGUAGCUUUUGUAGACUCCCUGCUUCCCCAUGUUUGUUCAGCUGUCCUUGUGAGACAUCUGUUUGACCCCUGGGAAAUUUCAGUCCUGAAAAUUGGUGCUUGCUUACCCCCAAGUAUUGAAUGAACAGCUGAGGGCGACCCUUCCCAAGGACACUCCUGACCUAAGUGGGAGCACCGCGCAGACUGGAGUUUGUGGGAAGCAACCCCCAUUCCUGCCUCCCCCAGCCCACCUCCCGCCUCGCCUCCCUCUGACGGUGCGAGAGAAUUAGGCGUAUUUUUAAUCAUUACCACACUAUGUUCCUAUUAACAAAAAGCAGUUUUUCCAACUCUUUUGUACUUUUCACUGCUGUAAGCAUUCCCCAGCACAGGAAACCAUUUCUUCCCAAAGCCAGAAGCGGAUGAAUAAAGAACCCUUGCCCGAAUGUCUCCCUCUCCAACACACAACAUGUAAAACACUUGUCUUAAGUUGGUACUGUACUCUCAGGCUUUUUUUUAUUCCCUUUGACCUGAUGAAGAUUACUUUCAAGGCCCUCAGCAUAUUUUAGAGUUGCUUACCUGAUAAAAUGCAAUAUUAAUGCCUUUAAAGUAAGAAUCUAUGCCAAAGAUCAUCUUUUAUUUUACUAAAGAUUAGUUAGAAGAAAUAAGAAAAAUCAUGUUGCUCUCCAAGUUCUACCAGUGUAUCAAGACACUGGUUGAUACUUCAUGCCGAUGCACUUUUCUCUAAAAUCAGUGCUCAAGGCAUAGUAAAGCAAAUUGGUGGGUGGAGUUGGGCGUGGGGGGAACCAUUGAACAUUGCCACUAAAAAACACCACCAAACUACAUUUAUAUCCUAGUAUUUGUUAUACGGAAAUAUUUUCUGCCUCUUCUGUUCUGUUUAAAACUAAAUAAAGUGCAUUUGUAUAAAUAAUGUCUUAAAUGGUUGAUGUUAUUGUUGUAAGAAUUCUUAAGAUCAUGUUUCUUCUGUGUUUUAAGAUUAACCAUUAAAACUAAUUUGCAAGAUAUGGAAACUAAAGAUCCAAAUUGUAUUUA